AUGUUUCUGUUGUGGAUUAUUGUUGUCCCGAUAUUGAAAGGCAGUCAGUACUUCUUACUUCUUCUGAAUAUGAAGUUAAGAAUGGUUCAAUGGAUAGACAAUGUGAACCAUACUGCUGUUUCAGAAGAAGAAAUUAGAAAGCUCGGUGACACUAUGAAAGAUUUGUUGUCAACAAUUUUUGAUGAUAAGAUGCAAGCUACUCAUGUUAUUCCAUUAUGGAAAAUGGAACGAGUUCCCACCGAUUGGAAAAUGACUGCUAGGACAAACAUUGAAAGUGAUGUAUUUAUGAUGAUGAGCAUGCUGUUUUUCGAGGGAACAGUUGAUUUCCAGUGUCCAAUAUUGAAUGCAGCUCCAUUGAGACAUGUGGCAAGAGUUAAGAUUGCCGGAUCUUUAUUGUUAUCUGAUUUGAACAAACAAAGAUCCAAAGUUUUAGAAGAGCUGUCCAAUUUUAAAGAUAAAAGACGCUCCAUUGCCAAACAAGUUUCUAUCAGAAGAUUAAAGAUUCGUUAA